CCGUGAAGCAUCUUGACAAAACAUGUCCGGGGCAGAAGAAACGAAUCCAUACGAGCUCCUCGGUCUGACAAUUGAGGCAACAGAGGCAGAAAUCCGUACAGCAUACCGGCAACGGUCGCUCAAAGUUCAUCCAGACAGGAACCGUGGAAACCCAGAUGCAGCACGCAAGUUCCACGAACUCAACCAGGCCUAUGAACUCCUGCUCGACCCGCUCCGGCGCAUGGCGCUGGAUGCGAAAGUGAGGAUCAAGGAGGCGCGGAAGGUCCGAUUUGCGUCAUACGACGCGAAGCGCAAGGGUCUCGUGGAGGAGCUUGAGGCGCGCGAGCGCGCGUUCAAGAAGGCACGCCUGGACAAGAAUGAGGAGGAGAGGGCACGGCAGCGCGAGAACGAGCGUCUCAUGGAGGAGGGUCGGAAGCUGCGCGAGGAACGAGAACGAAAGCUCCGGGAGCGAGAGGUGGAGAUGGAGGCGGCACAACAGGCUCGGACGAGUGAAUACGAGCCUCCUGCGUUAGGCGACCUUGACACGACAGUCCGCCUGAAGUACCCUCUGUCCUCCCAUCCCUCCCUCACUACACCGGCAAGCCUCGUCGAGUUGCUCUCGCGCUUCGGCAAGGUCGACGAGGACUCCAUUAAGCUUCUGCUCAAACCUUCGCCGCCCAAGAAACCGAAGCGCGUCAUUGCACUCGUGCCGUUCCGUCAAAUCGGUGGCGCCUUUGCCGCGGUAUGCGCAAGUGGGCGAGCAGAGAGCGGACUGGCGGGUAUCGAGGUGAACUGGGGAGAGGAUAAGGAGCCAGAAUUGAUCGGAUGGUUGAAGAAGAUGGGUAAGCUCGGGGUGCCGCACGAGCAGCCUGCCCGAGACAAGAAAGCGACAAACGUCUCAGCACCAGCAGCAGCGGGCGCUGCUCAACCGCCAGAAUCCUCAACUGGGGUUCGUGAGUCGACGACAUCAUCUUCUCCUUUCUCGUCGUUCCCAUCUACUUUCCCUGAUCUUAAUGCUCAACCAGUAACACCUUCAAUCAGCUCCGCGGAGAGCGCUGCUGGUCUGGACUACGAAUCGCUCACUCUGAUGCGUCUACGCCAGGCAGAACGUGCACGCCUUGAGCGAGAUAUCAGAGAGCGGGAGGCAGCGGGAGGCGAAUGACCUAUCUAUUAUUUGAAGCGUGCUGCUCCUUUGUCUCACCGAGAGACAGUUUAUGUGUAUCGCGUGGAUAGAUUUGACUACCUGUACGUAUGUGUUGAUCUCUGUACAUAGUUGUCCUUCAGGCAAACCUCAAGUGCGUGAUCAACCUAGAUUGUUGGUCCAUGAUGGAGUCGCUGUAGAACUCACUCUUGUGCCGUUGUAAAACAACUCGAUAAUGUAAUGUACUGCAUGUCGAGGUCGCUCACAACUCUGGAGCAAUGACUAUCCUCAC